AUGAGGCUCUUCAACCCCAAAGUCCACAUCCCCAUCUCACCUCACCUCACCUCAUCCACUCCACGCGCCGUCCUCCUCACCUCCCCGACAACAACAACAACAACCACCACCACCACCACCGCCAAAAUCGCCCGGUCCAAGAACCCUCCCUCCUCAGCCUCAAUGCGCGCCGCCGCCUCCGGCGCAUAA